GGAAAACGAGUCAGGGGUCGGAAUAAAUUUUAGUAUAUUUUGUAGGCAAUUCCCAGAAAUUAAUGGCUAUGAGUUCUUUUUUGAUCAACUCAAACUAUGUCGACCCCAAGUUCCCUCCGUGCGAGGAAUAUUCACAGAGCGAUUACCUACCCAGCGACCACUCGCCGGGGUACUACGCCGGCGGCCAGAGGCGAGAGAGCAGCUUCCAGCCGGAGGCGGGCUUCGGGCGGCGCGCGCCGUGCACAGUGCAGCGCUACGCGGCCUGCCGGGACCCUGGGCCCCCGCCGCCUCCGCCACCACCCCCGCCGCCCCCGCCACCGCCCGGGCUGUCCCCUCGGGCUACUGCGCCGCCACCCGCCGGGGCUCUCCUCCCGGAGUCCGGCCAGCGCUGCGAGGCGGUCAGCAGCAGCCCCCCGCCGCUUCCCUGCGCCCAGAACCCCCUGCACCCCAGCCCGUCCCACUCCGCGUGCAAAGAGCCCGUCGUCUACCCCUGGAUGCGCAAAGUUCACGUGAGCACGGUAAACCCCAAUUACGCCGGCGGGGAGCCCAAGCGCUCUCGGACCGCCUACACUCGCCAGCAGGUCUUGGAGCUGGAGAAGGAAUUUCACUACAACCGCUACCUGACUCGGCGCCGGAGGGUGGAGAUCGCCCACGCACUCUGCCUCUCUGAGCGCCAGAUCAAGAUCUGGUUCCAGAACCGGCGCAUGAAGUGGAAAAAAGACCACAAGUUGCCCAACACUAAGAUCCGCUCUGGUGGCACCGCAGGCUCAGUUGGAGGGCCUCCUGGCCGGCCCAAUGGAGGCCCCCCCUCGCUUUAGUAUCCCCCUUGAACCUGGGGUGGGGGUGGGCAUGGAGCGCCUAGUGGUGGGUAGGGGUGGGAGGGGGCCGGGGCCUGGGCCUGGAAAAACCUAGCUGCCCUCCCCCCCCCCCACUUUAUAUAGGAAUAAACGCAGAAGAGGGGGAGGGGAAGCUUUAUUUAUAGAAAUGACAAUAGGGAGGGAAGGAGGCCCCCCAGAAGCAAGGUUCAAGUCUCCUGCUUUCUUCCUUAAGAGAAAGGAAAAAAAAGAAAGAAAAAAUAAUGAAAAGAAAAGAAAGAACAGAAAAAGGAAGAAGAAGUAAAAAAAAGAAAAAGAAUUGGAGGCAGUUUCUCCUCCUUUUCAGCUUUGGUGAAGAUGGAUCCACGUUUCAUCUUUAAUCACGCCAGGCCCAGGCCCAUCUGUCUUGUUUACUCUGCCGAGGAAAGGAUGGGCCUCGGUGGCGACCAUUACCUCGACACCCAGCUAACAAAUGAGGCCCGGCCUCUGCUGCUGCCGCUGCUGGAAGACAGCCUGGAUUUUCUUUCUUUGUCCCCCACUCCUGACACCCAGCGAAAGCACCCUCUGACUGCCAGAUAGUGCAGUGUUUUGGCCACGGUAACAAACACACAACCUCCCUCCUCUUUGGUGCCCUUCACAGGGGACUGUGACUGCUCAUCCCCUUCUUUCACAUUGGGGCUGGGAGGGGAUGGAAAAUAGAAGAAAGGGGACAAGUUGGAGAGAGGGUGGCCUUGACAACGCAGUAGCAGCAGGGAAAUUGAGUCCGAGGAAAAAAGACAGACUCAGAUACUGCAAAGGCCUUCCUCUGGAAGGCCAAGUCAUGCCUGGCAGAUUGAGGGGCCAGUUGAAUUCUGGGAGUAGAGUACCACACUCUCCAAUCCAGAGUUGUACAGUGGAGGCCUCUCUCCCAGAUUGAAAAUGAAUGUGAAACUAGGAAAAAAUAUCGUGCCCCUCCCAGUGUGGGAGGAGGAUGUUGCAGAGCCCUCUCCCCUAGUUUAUCAUUGUUGCAUCAUUUAUUAUUAUUAUUAUGACUAUUAUUAUGACUAUUAUUUUAUGUCAUGUGUGUGUGUGUGUCCUCUCCCCUUUUCUCUUUCUGACAUUCCAAACCAGGCCCUUUCCCAUUUCUGGGGCUGCCUGAGUCCAGAACCUUUCCUUGGUGUGAAAAUGUGUGUCCUGUACAGAGUGACAAUAGAAAUAAAUGUUUGGUUUCUUGUGACCAGCA